AGUAAUGUCUCAGCCACCUGCCGCGGCUAGCUGCGAAUUUGUUUACUGCGAUCACUCUCCGUGCUUGUACUACGAGGUAUCAAACUGCGCGCAUGCAUGUAAAUAAUGUAAAACAAUUACUGACACUGAUCCACACAAUAAGAGCAAAAAAACAUCUCUGCAAUGAACUAUCUACUAUGAGAGAGGAAAACCAGUGAAAUUAUAUGUUUAAUGCAAGGCUUUUGCGAACACGAGAAUGCUGGCAAGAAUGGUUGCUAAGAUAUUGUGUAUAGAAACAGUACUCCAUAACCUAUCAUUAUUAAAAAACAUGUUUUUUCUAACAGGGAAUAAAUUAUGUUUUUCUAAGCUCGAGUAAAGUUUUUCUUGCACCGUUAAGUUUGAGGCAUGUACUUACUCUACAGGUAGCAGCGAAGAUAAUUUCGCGAGGAAACGGAAAGAAAUUUUAUGAUUAUAGGCGCAGCAAGAACGGUUUUGCCAUGGUAUAAUUCCUUCACACAUGUGAUACAGUCACGUGUAACACUGUUUUUCCUUGCUUUACGAUCACAUGCCACUAACGUAACUGGAGUAUUGAUAUCACGAACUUUGAAAAAUAGUGUCUGUGCACUUCAACCGUUUACAGAACAGAAGCGUUGUUCACACAUGCGAACAGUUCCUGAAUACAAAAGUGGAGCACACUUCUCUCCAGGAUCUCAUACGGAAAACAAAAUUCGUGGUACUAAUCUGACACAGGAACAACGUAUCGUUCUAUUUGUCGAUCUGUGAGAAAGAUCUUUCAGGCAGCAUCCAGAUUUCUUCUGAAUUAUGAUUGAGCUCGAUACAUAACAUUCAAAAAUUCCACUAUUUUAGAUUAAUACGACAGCCACUCUGAAGCGACAGCAUAUUAUAAUUUUGUAGCUGUGCAUUAGACAGAACUCUCGGUUCUCCCGCGCGACAAAACUUUCUUGGAAGAAUGAAGGUGAAACGUUUCCGUUUACGGAGCACGUGAGGAAUAGCAGUACGCAGUAGUGGCAUGACGCCAUCGCAAGCCGGGAGGAGUGACUUGUGCGCAUGCGUAGCCGAGGUUCCGGCGCCUGCCGUCACAGAAGCGUCACUGUCGCAGCGUGGAAUACAGAGGUGCUUAGACAUGGCAACAGGAAGCACAGAAACAGCUCUCCAGGCAGUAUGUCAAGGAAACCAAAAAUUUACUUUCAGCAUUUACAAGAUUCUUUCAGAAGUGGAAGGGAACCUGUUCUUCUCUCCAGCAAGCAUGCAAGUAAUUUUAGCUCUUGUACAUCUUGGUGCAAAGGGUAAGACUGCUCAGGAGAUUGCAAAGGGACUGAGUCUUCCAUCUGAUAAGAAGACCAUUGAGGAUGGCUUUAGAGAAUUAAUGAAUCAGUUAAAGGGAUCUGAUGACACAGUGCUUGAAGCAGCCAACAAGGUUUAUGCACAAGUGAGUUUUCCAAUUAAAGAAGAAUUCAGAGCAUCUGCUGCAAAAUUUCUAGCUGAAGCUGAGGAAGUUGAUUUUAUCAAAGAAACAGAGAAAUCAAGAGCUAUAAUCAAUGAAUGGGUGGAGAACAAGACACAUAAGAAGAUAACGAAUUUAAUGCCUGAAGGUACUUUGGAUGAAUUUACUCGGCUAGUGCUUGUAAAUGCUAUUUACUUCAAAGGCCUGUGGAAUAUUCCAUUCAAGAAAGAAGUCACAUCCCCCAUGCCAUUCCAUGUUACUGCAACAGAGACGAAGACAGUGGAUAUGAUGAAGCUACAGAAAAAAUUUAUGUAUACAGAAGCAGAAAAACUUGAAGCUCAAGUUGUGGAGCUCCCUUACAAGGGAGACCAGUUAAGCAUGGUGAUCAUCUUGCCGAAGGAGAACGACGGUCUUAAGAAACUAGAAACAAAGCUUGUUGGUGUGAAUCUACCUGAUAUUCUGAACAAAAUGCGUAAAGUUGAAGUGAAUCUCUACGUACCCAAAUUCAAGAUGGAACACAAAAUAGAUUUGAAUGACAGUUUGAAGAAACUGGGUAUGAAGACUAUGUUUGAUGGAAGUAAUGCAGAUUUUACUGGUAUCAAUGACUCAAAACCUGGCCUUGCUGUUAGCAAAGUCUUACACAAAGCUUUCAUAGAAGUGAAUGAGGAAGGCACUGAGGCUGCAGCAGCAACUGGUGCAGUUAUGUGCCUGAGGAUGGCCCCAAUACCACAGGAGCCAAUAACUUUCAAGGCAGAUCACCCUUUUGUAUUCUUUAUUAUUGAUUGCAAAACAAAAACAAGCAUUUUUGUUGGGCGCUUCAGUACUCCAAAUUGUGAUUAGAUGAGAAAACCUGUUCAUUAAAAAAAAAAUCAUAAUUUGUUUAUUUCUUGUUUAGAGCACAAUGAAAAAUGUAUCACUGCAGUUUUACUAGAAUUCAUUUUUUAUCUUAUUGUUAUAAAUACAUUAAUAUUUUAUUUAAAACAUUUUUUGGAAGUUCCUAAGAAGUAACGGUCUACUUUCAGAGAUAACAUAUGUACACAGAAUGAAAUAAAUAUUUUAUGUGAA